UAAAUAGCCUUCGAUCCUCUCCUCUUUCCUUCCCUCCCCUUCUCCUUCCAAAAACAUUCCAAAGCACACUAAGAAACUAAGGAAAGAAUACAUUCAAAAAGUUCCUUCUUUGUGUUCGUGCAAAACCUUAUUUUCAUCACUCAACAAAAGCAUUAAUACACAAACAUCAACAUUAUGGAUCAUACCAAAUUUGUGUUGGAAGCCUCAGAGGCUGAGCUCAUGGCACAAUCCCUUGGCCUCUCUUCCGUUCUUCAACUUCUACCAAUCUUGAUUCAACCUGCCAAGAACAACGCGCGCCCUCCCAUCUCCAACUUCCACGUUAGCGCAGUUGGCCUUGGCUCUGAUGGUCGCGUCUUUCUAGGUGUUAACCUUGAGUUCCCUGGCCUUCCCCUUCACCACACAGUCCACGCCGAGCAAUUCUUACUCCUCAACCUCGCUGUCCAUAACUGCCCUUCCCUCGUAGCUUUCGCUGUCUCUGCUGCACCUUGCGGCCACUGCAGACAGUUUCUUCAAGAACUACGGAACUCUUCCACUCUCCAAAUCCACAUCACGUCUCUGAGCAAUAAUAAUCCUCAUGAUAUGACAUUCAAGCCUUUGGCUGAACUCUUGCCCUACCCGUUCGGUCCAUUUGAUCUUUUGGAUGACGAAACUCCUUUGCUGCUAGAGCACCAUAAUAAUGGCUUAUCUCUGGGCCUAACUCGAUCCCAAAAACUGGAGACCGUUCGUGAGAAGAACAGUGAUCAUGGAUAUUUAAGCAAUGGGUUUUCGAAAGAAACUGAAAAAGAGUAUAGCCAUGUGACAUUUGCAGCAUUGGAAGCUGCUAAUGAAUCACAUGCACCAUAUAGUGGGUGUCCAUCUGGGGUGGCGCUUGUGGAUAGUGAUGGUAAGGUUUAUAAAGGUUCUUAUGUGGAAUCUGCAGCUUAUAAUCCAAGUUUAGGGCCAGUGCAGGCAGCAUUAGUGGCUUUUGUGGCUAUGGGAGGAGGUGAAUAUGAAAAGAUUGUUGCUGCGGCUUUGGUUGAGAAGGAGAAAGCAAAGGUGAGGCAGGAUGAUACAGCCAGGCUGCUUCUCAAUUUGGUCUCUCCUAAUUGUGACAUCAAGGUGUUUCAUUGCAUUGUUGCUGAAAAUUGAUGUAAGAAGGCUUCAAAUUGAUGAUUAUAAGUACUACAACAACAACAUACCCGGUGUAAUUUCAC